AUGUGGGAGUGUCAUGAAAGUUACGGCAAAGUCGUGCGGUACGCCCCGAAUCGAAUCUUAAUCAAUUCCGCGAGGGCCGUUAACGACGUCUACAACCACAAUGGAUCCUUGCUAAAAUCACAAGCAUACGAUGCAUUAGUCCAUAAAGCCCCAAAUAUUCUAACUUUGAGGCAUAAGAAGCUGCAUAACCGCAGACGGCGCGUGUUGAGCCAAGCCUUAAGCGACGACAGUAUCAUGGCUUAUCAGCCGAGGAUCCUCGAGAAAGUGUGGAAGUUUGUCAGAGUACUCUCGGAUAUACCAGAAAACGAUGAGGAAGAAAAAUGGUCGGCACCCAUUGACGUCGCCCGUUUGUGUGACUAUCUCACUUUUGACAUCGUAACAAGCAUCGUCUUCUCAAGUGACUGCGAUAUGCUCGGAAAAGAGGAGCAUAGAGGAGCCGUGGACGCUAUUCUCAAUUCCAAUGUCCGCAUGGCUGUCCUGUUCCAGUACCCUGCCCUCCGAUACUGGAAAAUUCACAAACAAUUUUUCCCAGCAGCAAUCGCCGCUCGUUCAGUCCUCAUCUCCUUCGUCACUCGACUCCUCCGUGACAGAGCCAAGCAUGCGGAACGCAAAGGGCUCACUUUCAACGACUUGUACUCCUUUCUGGCCAAAUCGAAAGAACCGGAAACGGAUCAGGGCUUUUCUCCAAACGAACUGGCUGCCGAGGCUACAACGCUCAUUGUUGCCGGCGCGGACACCACAUCAACCGCCAUUGCGGGAAUAUUCUUCUAUCUAGCCAAACACCCUGAGUAUCAGGAGCGUGCCAGAGUCGAGGUAAAAGAGUGUUUUUCUCGUCCUGAGGAGAUUGUUUUGGGGGGCAAGCUAAGCGCCUGCAAGUUCCUUUCAGCAUGCAUCAACGAGGCGAUGCGUCUGUCUCCUCCGGUCGGCUCGUCAUUAUGGCGAGAAUCGCAGUCAAAUGGUGUCAUGGUGGAUAACGUCCCCAUACCGCAGGGGUACGACGUUGGGGUAGGUAUCUGGAGUGUGCAUCACGAUGCAAAACAUUACUACCAGCCGUUCGCGUAUCGGCCAGAGCGAUGGUUAGCUCAGAGCCAGCCUGCACGGGAUACAAUACUCGCCGCAUACCUACCCUUCUCGCGCGGCUCUAGGAGCUGCAUAGGCAAAAGUAUUGCCACCGCGGAACUGAUGCUAACACUUGCAGUCGCCCUCUGGAAGCUAGAAUGGAGGUUUACACACGAUGCUGCACCAGACAAGGAUGAGAACUUCGAGGUAAAGGAACAUAUCACGGGACAGAAAGAGGGGCUCAACCUGCAGGUCCGUGCACUUCAUUAG